UGGCUAGAGAAGAUCCAGCUUUUGUCAAAUUAACGUCAGAUUAGAUUUUUCGUAGCGGGUUAGGAUAACUAAUGUAGCAGAUUAUAAUAUAUUGGUUAAGAUUAUAAAACGGGUUAGGGUUAGCUAAAAUGCACACACAAAAAAACAACUUUUGACAAAAACUGGAUCCCUUCUAGUCAUGGCCGUGUUUCUCCCACGGUGACAUGUCUCAAAAAAUGCCUGUUGCAUUACUUUGUUUUCACUUUCUAAAAUUUUAAUCAGCGAUUGUAGUUUUUGUUUUUAAUUAAUAAUGAGUUUUUCUAACAUUAUUGUAUUUUUUUUAUUAUUAUAAUUGAUGUUAAUGGUGUCGUGCAGGCGCGGGUGCAGCUGGGGUCUUUGCGUUUGGAAAAAGCGCCAAGUCCUGCUCACAUCGCGUGGUUUAUCAAAUGGUUAUACAAAUAUACUAUGUAAUUGAAUAAGCUAUCGCAGAAAUCGAAAAUAAAGUACGACAUGACUCAGUAAGUGUGGAGCGCUGUUGUGUUGGCAGUAUCAUCAAAUACUAAAUACGAUCGAAGAUGCCCGGCCUACAGGGCGAUGCCGCGGCUCUCGGGAGCCCCAUCAAAAAGAGCAAACUCUCUCUGAAGUUUUUCCAGAAGAAGGAGACGAAGCGAGCCUUGGACUUCUCCGAACCCCAAGUAGAGGAACCAAAACCAGUCAGAGUUGAACCUGAGGAGCCUUCAAGCUGUGACCAGGUUGUGCCAAUCCCACUGCCUGGACCUGCCCCGUGUCCAACCUCUCCCAUCUGCCCAAGUGACAAGGGAGAGGAGACGCUGGUGCCCUUUGUUGGGCUCAAUAACCUGGGAAACACCUGUUACCUGAACAGCAUUCUACAGGUAUUGUACUACUGUCCUGGGCUCAGAGAUGGCAUCAAGAACCUCUACAGUUUGUCCAAAACAAGGGACAAGCAAAAGGAAGAGGCUGCUAAUAGUGAUGAGCAGACGGAGGGUCCAGAGGAGGCGGUGCCAGUACACAUGGAACUGCUGGGUAGUUUCCACAGUCUGAUCACCUCGGUAGAGCAGCUCCAGUCCAGCUAUCUGCACAACCCUGACAAGUACAGUGAUGGGGAGCUGGCCACACCUCCACGCAAACUACUAAACACACUCAGACAGCUGAACCCCAUGUACGAAGGCUACCUACAGCACGAUGCCCAGGAGGUGCUGCAGUGCAUCCUGGGAUACAUCCAGGAGGCCUCUGAGACCAUCAGGAAGGAACAGGAGGACCAGGAUGAUGUCAUAGAGGUCAAGCCAGGCAGUUCUGCCCCUGUGGGCACCAACGGGGCUUCAACAGAAGAGCAGGCCCAAACUUCAGAAACAUCACUUGAUGAUGAUGAUGGCCAAACCAGUGGUAAGAGGAAGAGCGAUACAGAGGCAGGCAAUGCCAAGAAGAAGCCAAAAUCUGUCAAGUCCAAGAAUGCUGCUGCUGUUGCAGCCAACGAUGGCAAACCCCUCACUCGCUCCAAGAGGAAGUCUACUGGUGGCAUCACUGUAGCGCCAAAAGACAAAGCUGAAGAAGAGGGGGAGAAAAAGCAGGAAGAAGAGGGAGAGGAGGAAAGUAAUGUGGAGGGGAAAGGAGAGGUGGAGGUGGCCCCUAAAGAGGUGGAGGUUAAGGGGAAGAAGAGGCCCAAGUUGUGCUGGCCGAGGCACUCGGGGAAGCAGCCCAGUAUCUUCUCUAAGUUCAUGAGCAUGGGACGGAUCAGCUGCCACACAGGAGGGAAGACCGAGACAGCCAAACCUGACCAGGAGGAGACGGGUCCUAGCCAACCUCAGGAGAAUGAUGGUGGGGAACAUGGGAGGAACCCUCAGGAGAAGGUAACAGAAGUGCCCGAGGAGGAGAAAGCUAAAAGUGAAGAGUGCCUGGGUGUGGACAUGAUGGAGCAUCUGUUCCAGGGCUGUCUGGUGUUGAGGACGCGUUGUCUGGAGUGUGAGUGUUACACCGAGAGGAGAGAAGACUUCCAGGACAUCAGUGUCCCAGUGCAGGAGGAAGAACCCUGCAGCCCAGACAGCAGCUCAGAGGUCUCCCCUGAUCCCAAACCGGUGCUGAAGACUCUGAAGUGGGCCAUCUCCCAGUUUGCCUCAGUGGAGAGGAUUGUAGGGGAGGACAAGUACUUCUGUGAGACCUGCCACCACUACACAGAGGCUGAGAGGAGUCUCCUGUUUGAUAAAACCCCAGAGGUCGUCACUAUCCAUCUCAAGUGCUUCUCAGCCAACGGGUUAGAGAUGGACCCGUACGGCGGCCUCUCAAAGGUGAACACCCCUCUACAGACCCCACUGAAGCUCUCUCUGGAGGAGUGGUGCACGCACCCCUCAGCCACUGCCACCGGAGGGCAGCACUACCAGCUGUUUGCUGUGGUCAUGCACAGCGGGGUCACCAUCUCCAGCGGACACUACACCACUUACAUCAGGAUGAUGGACCUUAAGGACACCAAGGUCCGCCUGCCCGAGGGGGACGAGAAGCAGGGAGAAGAGGACUGUGGCGGGAAAGUGCCGGGUCCGGAACCCAAAGAAGAGGUGCUGGAUUAUGACGAUGGGGAAGUGUCCUUCAGUCUCCGUGGUAAAGCAGGACAGAGUGGUUCUGUGAAUGCUAACUCCACCAACACCAGUAAGAUGGGCUCCAAGAAGGCUUCAGACGGGGUAGGACUUCUGGGGGGUCAGAGGAGCCUGUCCAGCUAUGACCUAGGGGGCAACAAGCAGACAACCAACCCAGACAAAGCUGCCUGUACUGGGGUAGAGAGCAACACCACCAGAUCAUCCAGACGGACCUCCAGUGCCCCGGGACACAGCGGUAGUGGAGGGGUUAAGAAGGAGCCUGGGGAGGGUGAGGAGGCCUCUGUGGCUGGGUGUGAGGGGUUUGGGGUGGCUACGGAGCAGGCCCUAAGCAGCCUGCUGCAGUAUGAAGGGAAGUGGAUGCUGUUUGAUGACUCUGAGGUGCGUCUCUUUGAGGAGGAGGACUUUCUGAGAGCCUGUUCUCCAGAAACCUGCUCCACAUCUACCCCAUAUCUUCUGUUCUAUAGGAGGGUCUGAAACUUCUCUGUUUGGGUGAAUGAAGUAUCUUCUCAGAUGUCACAGGGAAGUGUCGAGAGCAUUGGAAAACAUCUCCUGAGGUUUUGAGAACGAGUCAACUUGAGAUUCAGCCUUGUUGGCUUUCUGGGUUUGAUACUCCUGUCAGUGAUGUUUAUAACCUGUAUAUGUCCUUUUUAAAGUGUUUUAAUAUUCAGUUUAUCCUCUUUUUUUUUUGUGUGCUGGGAAUAUAACAUUAGCCGUCUACAAAAAUGCACCUUCGCACUGACAUGGAGCAACCUGUCCUUUGAUUUUCCUGCCCUCGUGUUGGAAGUGGUCUGAAUGGAAAGGACAAUGUUUCUCCCUGACACAAUUUUCUUUUGUUUCAGAUUAUUUUUUUUAUAAAGAGCACAUUUUUAUUCUUGUACAUCUUUAUCCUGUUCUGGCUUCAUGCCUUCUGUCUGUUGAUUAAUGUUCAUACUGUUGGUCUGUCAGAAAUAAGAGGACUAGUUUUGGCCAUAAUGUUUCAUUUCAGUUAGAUUCAGAAACUGGCCGUCUGGUUCUUGGUGGAAGAACUUUUGCACGUGAAAACUAAAUUACUUCUCUUGGUUGAUAUCAUUUUGUACAAGGUUUUAUAAGUGAAUUAAAGCAGUGAUGAAAUACCUAGCCAAUAAGAUAGACAAUCACUUUACAAAAUGCUAGUACAACAUUGCAUAGCUGUUAGUCUCAGAUUUGAUAUGUAUAGAGGGGGAAGUGGACUGUUGUUUUGGCUUCAGGGAUUGUAUACCCCAUGGCUCUAUUCAAUCCGUAUUGCAGAAGUUCAGCUUUAAAUUUAACGCCAAUGUUCCUGCAUUCACGGUAGACGCUGCGGAUAUCUGCUCAAUGGGGAAAUGACCUUUAAAUGUAUAUCGUGGAAUCUAAUGUUUCAGCUUUACAGAUUGAAUAGAGCCCCUAGUCUUGGCUUUUUCCUGGGUUGGUUUUCUCCUGAAGUUGUUUCAGCUUUACAGAUUGAAUAGAGCCCCUAGUCUUGGCUUUUUCCUGGGUUGGUUUUCUCCUGAAGUUGUUUCAGCUUUACAGAUUGAAUAGAGCCCCUAGUCUUGGCUUUUUCCUGGGUUGGUUUUCUCCUGAAGUUGUGCAGUUCUGUUCAAUGGCAGUACCUCAUUCCAGUGAAAAAGGUCUGUGGCCAUACUGUCUGACUUACUGGCCCUAUGAAAGAUCAUACCUAGGAUGAUAAAGUACUACACAAGCAAUAAAGUUUGAACUUUCAUGUAAAACGGACUUUCUAUUCAUCCUUUCCCUGCUGUGAAGUGUUAUAGAUUUAAAAUAAAUGGUUUGGCUUUGAAACCAGGACAGUAGAGUUACUUUUUAAUGUGAAUAAUUCCCACUCUCCUGUACAUGUAAUAAAGCACUGCAUUUCCAAAUGUUAUUUAACUAAUAUUUACCAAUCUACAAGGUGAUUGUCAAAUGUACACCAUGGCUAGUUUAACAGACCACAAUGGUUUAUUUAUACAUUUCAUGUAUUACUGGUCUGUUUACUUGGCAUCUUUUUUUUUGGGGGGGGGGGGGUGUAUUAAUUUCAAAUAUAUUUUGUCUAAUACGUUUCUCCAGGCCUCACACUAUUCAUCGCUGUCGAUAAUUUGGUUCUAACUUUUAAUAGUAACUUUAUCCACUGGCGAAUUGGGAGAGAGUGAGGUGAUUGCCAUCUAAGUAGGAGCCAACUUUUUUUGCUGAAAUGCUGCCUGCCAACUAAUCAAGGCAUUUAACUGCAGGGCUACUCCCACGUCAUUUGACGACAAAAAAUGUUGACUUGUCUGUAAACUUGAUCUCAGUCUUGCCAUUUUCCGUUCUUGGCUUUCGGAAGCGUCACAUGUUUCAGUUCUACGGGAGUCCUGUGAAAACAUGUACAAUAAAUACAAUCAACAUAA